AUGCCAUCAAAGACUCAUCAACUCUUCUCGGUGACCAUCUUUGGUUAUCGAAAGCCUGGGAUGGAUGAGGAUGCCUAUCAUCAAUUGUUUCAUAUCACAUGGAAACAACACAACUCGACCAAGGGGCGAGCACUAAUCGACCGCAUCCUCCCCAACCUCCCCUCGGAAAAGGUCGACGAUGCCGACUGCAUCGUGCAGAUCGUAUUCAGGGACAUCGAAGACUACGUGAAAGUAAAGAAUGAGGAAAAGUUUAAGACUGUGGUUGACCCUGAUCAUGCCGUCUUCUCUGACCCGUCGAGAACCAAGUUUGUGACUGGAUGGUUCGAGUUUCACAUUACGGAUGGGGACCUGGUUUAG